AUGGCGCGCGAGGGCGAGCGAUACGUCCCCCGACGCGUCCUCGUCACCGGUGGCGCCGGCUUCAUCGCCUCCCACGUCGUCGAUCGCCUCCUGGAGCGACGCGAGACGCGAGAGGUGACGAUUCUCGACGCGUUCGAGCGCAGCGCGUGCGCGCGAAAUGUCACGGACGACGCGCGAUGUUCGGUCGUCGCGGGCGACGUGCGCGACGGCGCGCUCGUGCGUGAGAUUCUUCGCGUGAAAGCGAUCGAUACCGUCCUGCACUUUGCGGCGGAGACGCACGUGGACGCGUCGUUCGGGAAUUCAUUGGCGUUCACGGAGACGAACGUCAUCGGCACGCACGUCGCGCUCGAGGCGGCGCGGCGGUGCGGGACGAUUGAACGGUUCGUGCACGUGAGCACGGAUGAGGUGUACGGAGAGACGUUGGUCGAUGGAGGGUCGGAGGGGACGUCGGUGUUGGCGCCGACGAAUCCGUAUUCGGCGUCGAAAGCGGCGGCGGAGAUGCUCGUCGUGGCGUACGGGACGUCGUACAAUUUGCCGUACGUCAUCACGAGAGGGAACAACGUGUACGGGCCGAGGCAGUAUCCGGAAAAGGUGAUUCCGAAGUUUAUUCAUUUGCUUCGAAGGGGGGCGCGGGUGCCGAUUCACGGCGAUGGGUUAGCGUUGCGGGGGUACAUGCACGUGCGAGACGCCGCGGCGGCGUUCGACGUCGUCUUGCGGGCGGGUGAAAAUAAAAGCAUUUACAACAUCGGCGCGCGAGAGGAGCGCACGGUGGUGAGCGUCGCUCGGGAUUUGUGUGCGAUAUUCAAUAGAAACCCCGAGGAGUUUUUAGAGUACGUCGAGGACAGGGCGUUCAACGACAGGCGGUACUUUGUCGACUCGAGCAAACUCGAGGAGCUCGGAUGGCGACAAGAAAUCGAGUGGGACGUCGGGUUGCGAGAGACCGUGGAUUGGUAUCAUCGCGCCAUCGACGAGCGGUAUUGGGGCGACGUCGAGCCGGCUUUACAGGCGCACCCGACGCAUCCGCCCACGCAUUCACCGCCGACCCGUCGGUCGCUCGACGCCGCCGCCGCCGCCGCCGCCGACGCCGACGCCGCCGCCGACGCCGCCGUGUAA